GGCUGAAGUAAACACUCACCCAGCUGAAGAUGAAGGACCUCAGCAGAGCAUUGAUACUUUUAUUAACAGUCUGAAUUCAUAAAGUAAUCCAACAAAAUCCCACUAUUUGGAGCGACUGCCUCAGGGUUAGAGACCUCAGAAGCAGUCGUCAGGAAAAAUGAAGAUGUGGACUUAUUUAUGAAACUCAGAAGCAUCAUUCUAGGACACUGUCAAGAACUGGAGAGAGGAAUAAAAAUUGUUUUGUAAAACCACCAACAGACGCACCUGUUAACCGGGAGCAGAAGACCUCUUCAAAAUGCCUCCAGUCCAUCACCCAUCAAGAUCUUCAAUUCGGGGACAUAGAGCAUCAAAAUCAUGGGCUCAAAUGAAAGCUGGAUCGUCAAAGCUAAUAGUCACCAAUCAACCCAUCCACAUGGUCUCCACCAUGUCUACCCACAAUGCCUCAGUUCAUCCAGCUCCUGGUUCCUUUGAAGACUUGCUGGACCACAUUCCCUUGCCGCGAUGGGCAAUCUAUGCAAUCUUUGGAAUGGGUGGCCUCAUUAUUCUGCUUUGUUGCCUCUGCAUCUGCAUUAAAUGUUGCUGCAAAAGGAAGAAGAGACAGAAAAAGGAUCAGCAGAUUCUUUUGAAGGGGUUAGAUGGAAAAACAGCCACAGCUCUGGUUCAACCAGAUAUGGAGGAUGUUGACUACGGUUCAGUCAAACAAUAUAGAGGAAAGCUGCUCUACUCUUUGGAGUACAACGUCACUUUAUCCGAGCUUACGGUGGGGAUCAAACAAGCUGGCAGCCUGAAGGCGAUGGACUUAGGCAGGAGUUCUGAUCCAUAUGUCAAAGUUUACAUCCUCCCUGAUAAGGCCAAGAUCUUUGAGACGAAAGUGUUCAAAAACACAUUAAACCCCUUCUUCAACGAGCAGUUCACCUUCCAGCUAUCUAAGUCCACUCUUCAGAAGUCCACAGCCGUAAUGAAGGUGUUCGACUUCAACCGCUUCACCAAACAUGAGAUCAUCGGCGAACUCAGGGUGCAGCUCUGCAACAUUGACCAGAAUCACGUCAUUGAGGAGUGGCAGGACCUGGCGAAGCCCGCCAAGUUUGAGGAAGAAAACUUAGGGGAGAUCUGCUUCUCUCUGUGUUAUGUUCCAACAAGCAGCAAGCUCACUGUGGCGAUCCUGGAGGCCAAAGACCUAAAGAGCAUGGACCUGGGAGGAAGCUCAGAUCCAUAUGUGAAAGUACAGCUGACUUUGGACAAAAGGAAGUGGAAGAAAAGAACAACAUCUAUUAAAAGGAAAAGUCUGAACCCCUAUUUCAACGAGUCCUUUACUUUUGAUGUGUCACUGGAUCAAAUACAGAGAGUGAACCUAGUGAUCUCAGUUUGGGACCACGAUGCCAUGAGCAGGAAUGACAGCAUGGGAAAACUGUUUCUGGGCUGCGAUUCCACAGGAAAUCAGCUGAGGCACUGGGCCGACAUGUUGUCCAACCCACGGCGACCGGUCGCUCAGUGGCACAGCCUGCUGUUGGCUGAGCAGGUCAACGCCAGCCUGGGGCUGAAAAAGAAAAUCCCCGUUCCCAGCAAAUUUAAAGAAAAUAAGCUGCUAAAAAAACAUUUUAAAUAGACACGAAAGUAUUUUGAAAAAAAUAUUUUCUGGUGUAUCAGUAAUGUUGAUCACACUGUAGAAUAUGUACGUAUGUAGGACUCACAUUUGGGCAACAAAAUUUGAUCACAUUACGAAUACCUCAGCAAUUUUGUAAUAUUGUAUUUUAUCCAUGUAAAAAUAUCCCUGGUUACAUUCUCAUGCAAAAUCUGUGCAAACCAGAGUUUGGAUUUUGAUUUACGCAAAGAAAAUCUCCUUUAAUAGUUCAUCAGGCCAAAUAAUGUGUCUGAGUUACGAAGCAUGGAUUUUUGGGAAAUUCACCCAGAGUUACGAUUGAAUUCACAUUUUUAGCACUCAUGUCUCCUGAAUGUUUUCACAUUUUAUGAAGGUACAGCCACAAACUUAAAUCUAUUUCAUUAUGGUUGUAUAUAACAGCAUGAUUGUAAAGAGAAAGCAAAAUGCAUUGUUUUCAAUUUUAUAUUUUUAGUUUUUAUAAAUAAAUAAAUGUAAAAAGUGU